GACACUCCCAGCAAAAACCGCACACCCACCAAUAUUUGGCCCGACGUCCAAGAACCGAGCGUGAAAGGGAGCUAACACCACCCAUCUCGCAAGUUCUUUCUUCGGCCCUUGUAAAUAAUUGGUCCCGUAAAUCUGAUUAGAUUACGUUGCGCGGAUAGUGUGUGACUCCUUUUUCUUUUAAAGCGCUUUACGAGUUUGAGCGUACGGACGGAAGUAGGAUACCCCAUUGAUUCCCACGCAAGCUACCGACCGGCAUUGAGAUUUAAAUUUGGAAAAAUCGGCGCAGAGUUCGGUUGCUGGUAUCGCCACCCACGUACCUUUGUUCGUUUCCGACCAUGCCGGCUACUCAAAAUGGACAAGACGAGAAGUGGAUCGACAACAUGAUUGAGCUGCUCUUAUCGGCCCGGAACAAAAAGCCGGGCACACCGGUCGACAUUUCCGUUCAGGACGCCACUCAGCUCUGUACGCAGGCCAGGGACGUCUUUAUGAGUCAACCCAUGCUGCUGGAGCUUGGUGCACCUAUCAAAAUUUGUGGCGAUAUCCACGGACAGUAUACGGACUUACUACGCCUUUUCGAGUACGGUGGAUUUCCUCCCGAAGCAAAUUACCUUUUUUUGGGAGACUACGUGGAUCGGGGCAAGCAAUCGCUCGAGGUUGUUUGCCUGCUCUUUGCCUACAAAAUCAAAUAUCCGGAAAACUUUUUCCUGUUGCGCGGCAACCAUGAAUGCGCCGGCAUCAACCGCAUUUACGGAUUCUACGACGAAUGCCGUCGUCGCUUUUCUGUCAAAAUGUGGAAGCAAUUUUGCAACACCUUUAACUGCUUGCCCUGUACGGCGGUGAUUGACGACAAGAUUAUUUGUAUGCACGGCGGUCUUUCUCCCGAGUUAAGUCAAAUGGAGCAAAUUGCUAAUAUUGCGCGUCCGUGUGACGUGCCCGAUACCGGACUCCUGUGUGAUAUACUUUGGGCCGACCCUGAUCCUAGUAUUACGGGAUGGGGCGAGAAUGACCGUGGCGUAUCGUUCACCUUUGGUGGCGACGUUGUUCGCCAGUUCCUUCGUCGACACGACUUGGAUUUGGUCGUACGAGCACAUCAAGUAGUAGAGGACGGAUACGAAUUUUUUGCCGGUCGAGAACUUGUGACAGUAUUUUCGGCUCCGAAUUAUUGUGGAGAGUUUGACAAUGCCGGAGCCAUGAUGACCGUGGACGAUACGCUGAUGUGCUCGUUCCAGAUUUUGAAACCAGCGAGUGCUGCACAGCAGCGUAGUGCCUUUGGUAGUGGACGUACGGGAACGCCCGGGCGAGGAGCCGGCGGCCGAUGA